CGUCCCCACGUGACUUCGAGGAACUCGAGUAGGUUACAAAAGGUAAUCAAUUCGUCGUGAUAUUUGACUGUUGGAAACAGUAUCAGUCCGUAUUUUCUCAGGCCGAUUCGAUAAUGAGUGACUCUGACGCCGUCAAGCCGCUUGUGAAUGGAAAGAUGGAUAACAUCGAUGAUGAAGAACAGAAACUGUCUGUAGCCAAGGAAGAGCUGGAUAAAUUGACGAAACAACUUGAGAAGGCAGAGGACGAAAAAUCUAGGCUGCAGUUGGCAAAACUGAGCGCAGAAGAUUCAAAGAAAGAGGCUUCAAAAAAUGUGAUGGUCCUUCAACGACGGGAGCAACGUCAGGAGGAGUUCUCUAAAACUGUGAAAGGGAUACAGAAUGAUAUCUCGAUGCUCGAGAAGGGUAACAAAGAUCUGAUGGAGAAACUGAAGAAAAGCCAGGCUAAGCUACAGGCUAAGAAGAGCGAGUCUGCUACACUUCAGCAGAGGUUUAAGAUCUAUGUCCAGAUCCCUGAAAAGAAGGUGAAGUUCACCCGUAAGGAGGAGGACAGCGAUGACAGCGGUCAACACAUCAAGGGGGUGUUCACCAUUGCCCAGAGACCAUCAGUGCUCCUGAAGGGGGGGCAGGCUCUCAUCACUUUUGAGGAGGAGAAAGUGGCUGCCCAGAUCCUGAAGAUGGCCAAGUGUACUGUGUCCUGUGAUAAAGACAAGGUGCAUGUGAAGCCCAAAAGCCUUACACUGGACCCCUUUGUCAAGUUUGAGGUACACCUUGAUGUCUCCACAAAGACACUCAGCUUCUCCAAUGUCCCGUUUACCCUGUCAGAGGAACGAAUGAGAGACCGUCUGGAGAUCAGCUUCUCCAAGCCCAGUCGAGGGGGAGGAGAGGUGCAGAGGGUGGACUAUGACAAGCACACUGGGAAAGGACAAAUCACCUUCCUCAACUCUGGAGUUGCAGAGAGGCUGGCCCUGAAAAGGAAGUACAUCGUGGAUAUGGACCGUGAGGUGAAUGUGAAAGUUGACCUUGUUUACAACUACAAGCUGAAGAAGUUUCAGACGUUCUGCGGCACUCCGACGCGCACCAUCCUCCUGUGCGGGAUUACAGACUUCCAGGAUGAGGAGGACCUGCAGGAUCACCUGGAGAUUCACUUCCAGAAGCCCAGUAACUAUGGAGGGGAGGUGGAGUGCAUCAAGUAUGUCUCCGGGGGCAACGAGGUCAAGGCCUUCUUCACUGAGGACAUGGCUGAGAUGGAGGCUUAACAUUAACAAACGGCCAUCCUCUUACGAUACAUCUAUGCUCAUGUUUCUCAGUACUUAGUUGGUACCACAUGAAUGAACCUUAGUGAUGAUGUAUUUAUCCGCAUUUACCAUAAUCUAUACCCCACUGACAUGCAGCACUAUAUUAUACCAAAACUGAUCUGUAAGUCUUGGGAAAUUAGUCAUGUCAACUUUGUAUACUGACAAAGUUUAACAAGGCCUUAAAACGUGCAUGAUAAUGCCUUGUGCAGUGCCUUAAGUUUAGAAUAAUCUUGAUUAGAAGGAUCUUUAUAGUUAUAUAGUCAAACUCUAUUAGAAGGGGACAAAUGAAAAUGCACAGUAGUUGUUUUCAUCUAGAGAUACUAUGUCUAUUUCUCUGUGUCAGGCAUCUUUGUGAUAUGGUGUUUUUUGCUCAAACUUCAAAUCAUGGGUUUUUAAAUCGGUCAUCAUGACAUGAAUCAGGAAUUUACUGUAUGGAUAAUCCCAUUGAUCGUGGUAUAUGAGUAACCCACCUACUUAAUUUCACCCCAUAAAAUGCAUUUAAUGCAUAUCACAUUGUAUUGUUUUAUUGAACUCCUGUAUGCUUUCUGACUACAGUCCUUAAAUAUAGGCCUGAAUACGCACCAUUAAAAUAUUGAUAACAGCGCAGGUGACAUAAUCUGUGCUGAGCAAAAAUAUCAACGCAACAUGCAACAAUUUCAAAGAUUUGACUGAGUUAACAGUGCAUAUAAGGAAAUCAGUCAAUUGAAAUACAUUCAUUGUGCACUAAUCUAUGGAUUUCACAUGACCGGUCAGGGGUGCAGCCAUUGGUGGGCCCACUGUGGAGCUAGGCCCAGCCAAUCAAAAUGCAUUUUUCUCCACAAAAGGGCUUUAUUACAGACAUAAAUAGUCCUCAGUUUCAUCAGCUGUCUGGUCUCAGACAAUCCUGCAGGUGAAGAAGCCGGAUGUGGGAGGUCCUGGGCUGAUGUGGUUACACGUGGUCUGCGGUUGCGAGUCCGGUUGGACGCACUGCCGAAUUCUCUAAAACGACAUUGGAGGCUGCUUAUGAUAUAUAAAUUAGCUUUCAAUUCUUUGACAACAACUCUGGUGGACAUGCCUGCAGUCAGCAUUCCAAUUGCACGCUCCCUCAAAACCUGAGACAUCUGUGGCAUUAUGUUGUGUGACAAAACUGCACAUUUUAGAGUAGCCUUUUAUUGCACGUGUAAUGAUCAUGCUGUUUAAUCAGCUUCUUGGUAUGCCACUCCUGUCAGAUGGAUGGAUUAUCUUGGCAAAUGAGAAAUGCUCACUAACACGGAUGUAAACAAAUUUGUGCAAAAUAGUAUUUUUGUGCUUAUGGACAAUUUUUGGGAUCUUUUAUUUCAGCUCAUGAAACAUGAGACGAGCACUUUCCAUGUUGUGUUGAUAUUUUUGUUCAGUGUACAACUCAACUGUAAAUAAAGACUGCUGAAGGCCA